AUGCCUCCCCCAAUCGCCGGUAUAGUGGAACGCAAGGAAGACCUUCGCAGAUGGAUCUGGGAAGACGGCCUGACUGUACAACAAGUCAUCGAGAAGCUUGAGGCUGAACACAAAAUCACCUGCAAAAAGCGCACCCUCGAGCGCCACCUCAGGAAUUGGGGCAUCUCCAAACGCUCACAGCCAGACAAGGACGCCAUUCAGGAACAGCUAACCAAACUGUUUCAUGGUCCAUAUCAAACAGAUGUAGCCAUCAGUAAGAUCCUGAACGACGCUGGUCAUGUCAUCAACCGCCGCACAGUCAUGGAGACACGAAAGAAGCUUGGUUUGCACAAGCGCGUCCGUCCGGAAACCGACGAGCAAGCAUUACAAGACACCAUCAAAGACGUCCUUACCGAAGAGUACAAAGACGAGCAUGUCGUGAAAAUGCAUCGCGGCGAGCUCUAUACGCAUCUACGUGAAAAAUAUCCCGAGCUCAAGAUUGUCGGAAGGGAUCGUGUUUACAACAUCGCCCGUGAGAUGAAUCCCACACUGAUACGCAGAUAUCCCAAAGGCCAUCCUUUGCAUCAGAAUCGUCCUUAUAAGUUGUCUGGCAAGAGGCUAGCCGCAAAGCUGGCCAAGGAUGCCGCCUCCGAGUCCAACACUCCGACUGAGCAUGAACAAGAUUGGUCAGCACCUCCGGAGGAAUCACACAAUCCAUCCUCGGCCCAUGACUACCCUGAGCCUUCCCCAGUCGUGGACUAUCAGCUUCCUCUAGAAACUCAACUUCCCUCAAUGCGUGAUGCCGUUCCUGACUCACCAGCCCUUACUCAAGACCAUCAACCCUCUCCAGUCUAUCGGCCUAGAACUUCCAACAACCAGCUUCUACAUCCAAGCCUGAGAGUCCAGGAUCUUGAGAAGGAAAAUGAUGCCCUACAUCAGAGACUGCAACAGCAAGACGCCGAGAUUCGAUACAUGCGCCAAGCAUACCACGACAUGAUGCAGAGGAUUGGCUCCGUGCCUGCUCCGAACUCCUUUCAAUCCUGA